UAUUGCCAUCCUCGUUCAGAGACUGUUCGCAUCUCCACGUAUCAAAUUUGUUUCAUUAGUUUCUAUUCUUUGGAAACCCUCUGAUCACGUGCUCGCAAAGGAUGGCACCUCGCGGCUUUACCAAUCCCGCGCCCAAAACUGAAUCUGCGCGCUCCGCGUUAAGUUCUUUUACCUGUACACUUUGCAACAAAUCUUACUCUCGGCAUCCGGAGUACGAAGCGCAUAUCUCUUCCUACGACCAUCAGCAUCGCAAACGCCUUCAGGAUCUCAAACAACUCUCUCGGGAUCCAAAUGCCGCGGAGAAGGCUAGGAGAGCGGAGAGGAGAGCGGACGCAGAGGCCGGGCUAAGAGUUAUUGACAAAGAUAAUACCGCUGUGGGGGCUGGCUCUGGCGGUGGGGGAGGUUUCAAGAAGGGGGGGUUCAAGAGCUCCUUUACGACAGUCAAAGGCCCUGUAACUCCAGCAGCACCGACGAAGAAAAAUGUACUCGGGGAUGAUGAUGAGGAGGAAGAAGAAGGCGAUGACAUACCCGAAGCAAUCGAGAAGAGCCACCGUGCUCACACUCGUGGCUCGAGCACCCAGUAUGAUUUUGAAGAAAGUGAUACAGAUGGGGAAUAUGCGGGUGAUACAGUGGGCGGCGGCUACUAUGAUCCCCUCAAGCCUACGGGCUGCUUCUCUGGCUGUGUAGGCACCAAAAAGAUACUAGCGGAGGCUAGUGUGGUCUAGAGGGAGGGUAUAUUCCUCCAACGAAGAUUAUGAAAGGAGGGCUGACGGUCUUGUUAGGGACGCGAAUUCUUUCUAUUUGCAAAAAUAUUUUUUCGAAGGCAAGUCUUGAACCAUUGAAUAAUCAUCCAUGUGUUUGCGGCAAUAUAGAUAUUCUGAUGAGCCGUCAAAUUAUUGCCCUUCUUAUAGCGCGUUUAGACAUUCUUGAUAGGAACGGAAGUAAACCUAAGAGUCCUCAC